CCCUGAGAAAGAUGGCGGCGGGAGAGACGCGCUUCACGAUCCCUGAUGACGCGGGAUUUACGCAUUUCUACGUAUCUCCACGGCCAGUCAACGAGGAAGCGCAGUUUCGGACCAAAGGUUGUGGCUGCUUCUGCUACUCACUUGUCUGGACUCCAGCUUUACGAUGGCGUUGGACUGGAUUGGCUUCAGCUAUGCUGCAGCCGUCGCUUUUGGAGGAUUUAUGGGAUAUAAGAGAAAAGGCAGCGUGAUGUCCCUUAUGGCUGGUUUAGUUUUUGGCGGAUUAUCUGCUUUCGGUGCCUACAACAUAACGAAUGACCCAAAGGACAUCAAGGUGUCACUGCUGUCCUCGGGAGUCCUCGCAGUCAUCAUGGGGAUGAGAUACAAGAACUCUGGGAAAUUAAUGCCAGCUGGAAUAAUGACAGGGCUAAGCUUGUUGAUGGUGUUUCGCCUCUUACUUCUGAUCGUCUGACCGGGAGAACACCAACCUUUACCCUGGAAACAGGAAACAUUCCCACUAAGCCGACUAAAUCAAAUUUUACUGCAUUACUUUUUUUUUUUUUUUUUAAAUACAUGCAUAUAAGCAAGUGUAUGAAUGGGAACUUCCAUGACUUCUUAACCCA